CCAGCAGCCAAGGCACAGUCGCUGUUGAGCCAGCAGAAAGGCAGAUCCGCUCGAAAGGAUACCCAAAGUAAAAACCACAUCAAGCAUUUAUAGGAAACAGCAAAAGCUUUUAGCCAUGGCAAUGAGAGCGCUUGUCUUACUGGCCGUUUUGACUUUGGUGGCCGGCGAAGGUCUCCGUCUGCCCGACCAGCAGUCGUCCAACAACGUCCAGCAGGUUUAUGCGCCGCAGCCGCAGAUCCAGCAGAUUCCCCCGCCCCAACAGCAGCAACAGCAACAGCAGCCUGGAGUGGGCGAGGAGCGUGGUCGGUCCUCCAUCCUGAGCAUCUUCGGUCUGGGCAACGACAAUGAUCCUUACCUGUCAAGGACUAACAGCAACUGCCUGGGCGGCGAUCUCUCCGAGUGCUUCAAGACCCAGGCCCUCAACACCUUCGAUGAGAUUUUCUACAGGGACUCGUACAAGCUCUCUGACUUUGCCCGAGUGGUGCGCCUGCCGGAAACCCAGCAGCGGUCCCUGCUCCAGGAGCCUUUCGAGUACUCCGAGGAGCCGCGUGGCGAAGACGAUGACUGGAAUCAGCUGGUGAAAUAUGCCCUGCGCCGGGCCGAACGCUUCAUCAAGUCCACGGCUCUGGAGGUUGAGUGGCCCGAGGAGCUGACCGAGGCUGGUCGUUACGAGGCCCGGUUCAUUGGAAACGACAUCGAUGGUGAAUUGGACGGUUUCGAUAAUGACCAGCGUGCUGGACAUUUCUCCCGCAAGAAGCUGAAGAAGAUGAUCAUUCCCCUGCUGUUGGUGCUGAAGAUUUUCAAGCUGAAGCUGCUGCUCUUCCUGCCCUUCAUCCUGGGUAUUGCUGGUCUGAAGAAGAUCCUUGGCCUGGCUGCCAUUAUCCUGCCUGGACUGUUUGCCUACUUCAAGCUUUGCCGCCCGCCAGGUGGCGUUGGAGGAGCCUUCGGCGGCGGAUUGUCCGGACUCUUCGGAAGCAAGAACACCUUCCCCCAGUACAAUCCCCAGGGCGUGGGCGCUGCCACCUACUACCAUCAUCAUGAGCACUACGAGGGCGGUCAUGGCGGUGCAGGCCCCUUCUACCGCCAGGAGCCUAGCUUUGCCAAGCCCUACACCGACUACUACAGCAAGAGCUACCAGGGCGAGCAAGUGCCACAGCAGCAGGUCGCCGGCAACUCAGUAAGCUUCGGAGAUCCCCAGGAGGCUGCUUACAACGGCUACUACGGACGCAACUCGGGCAAGGACAUUGCUGCAGAGCCCCAGAAGACGAAGUAAACAUAGGGGCGUUGUCCAUAACUAUUUUGUUAUUUAUUUGGCCCUCGGCCUUGUUGCAUUCCUAUAAGAAUAUUUAUUCCUUUAAUUGUAAAUAAAACAAGCUCAAAUUGAAA